AUGAUGGUAUCAAUUAUUGUACCAUCAUUAGUUAAAGAAUCAUCAAGAGAAUCAUUAUUGGCUACAACUAUUGAUAAUUCAACAUUAUCAACUACACCAUCACCAUCUCCAAAAUUACCAACUCUUGAAACUGCUAAACCAUUGUUACAUCAUCAUCUUCUUCUUCUUCAAACACCACUACUCAAACUAAUAAAGUUUCUGGUGGUUCUGCUAAAGAAAUUUGGACUAAAAUUGAUCAAAAUACUGCACCAUCAACUCCAUCUAAAAUUUUACCAAAAAGAUUACCUUCUCAAUCAAAUCUUUAAUAAUAAUAAUAAUAAUAAUAAUAAUAAUAAUAAUAAUAAUAAUAAUAAUAAUAAAUAA